AUGUAUCCAAAUCUACUCUUGUUUCUGAUCACAAUAUCCUCCCUCCUCCCCGCCAUCACCGGCCAAACCUUCCCCAAGAUAGACCUAGGCUAUGCUAUCCACACCCCAACGUUCAUCAACACUACCGAAUCAGGUGCCAAAAUCGGCCUAUACAACAACAUCCGCUUUGCGCAGCCACCCACCGGCAACCUCCGCUUUCGUAAACCAGUCACUCCCCCGUCCCAUGAGAACGGCAUCCAGGAUGGUCGAGAUCGACUCACAACAAGUGACUGCGUCAGUACUGUGCAUCCGCAGGCUCCGUUUCCGGGGAUAAAUGGGACCUCCUGGGGGCAGGAGGAUUGUCUUUUCCUGAAUGUGUGGGUGCCGGAGGGUGUGCGCGAGGGGGACAAUGUGCCGGUUAUGCACUGGCUGCACGGGAGUGCGUUUGCAUUUGGAAGUAAAGACAUGUUCGGGGAUGGGUUUGGUCUCAUGGAGUCGACCAAGGGAAGGGACGAUCGGUUUAUCUUUGUGGCGAGUAAUUACCGGUUUGUUUCCCUUUCCGUACUUACUAUGAGCAUUGUUGAUCAUAUUUACAGGAUGGGGUUGUAUGGGUGGGUAUCCUCUGCGCACGAAGAUAUGGAUGCCAAUGUGGGGCUCCAUGAUGGUAUUGCGGCGCUGGAGUGGACAAAGAAGUACAUCUCUCGGUUUGGUGGUGAUCCUGCCAAUAUCACUGUCGGGGGGCAGAGCGCGGGUGCGGCUAUGAUUGCCAUGAUGCUUGUAGGGAAUGGUGGAAAUGGUACUCUUCCUUUCCAGAAAGCAUUUCUGUCAUCCCCUGCUCUCAUGCCGAGAAGGAACGUAACAGAGCGUCGCCAAGAGGUUUAUGAUCAAGUACUACAAACUGGGAACUGCUCAUCCCUCGCCUGUCUUAGAAAUGCACCGCCACCCGCCCUAGCUACCAUAAAUAAAAAAGCUCUAAACCUCCCUGGAGCCUCGGGAGGAGGGACCCUGGGUCCUGGAAUUGGUAUCGGCCCGUUCCCAGAUGGGAAGUACUUACUCGAUGCAGUUCCCGUUAUGCUCCAACAAGGCCGAUAUCACAAGAAUAUCAAAGCGGUAAUGUCUGGGAACAUGGCAGCAGAGGGAUUUGGGAUGACUACAGAUGUCAGCACGUACGAAGACUUUGCCACGUUGGUCCGACGCCUGGUCCCAGAAGCUACUAAUGCCACCGUUGGACAUAUCCGGGACAUGUAUCCCUUUCCAGAUUCGCAGAUUCAACUGGCUGCAAACUCUUGGACGACUGAUGCAGUGUUUGCUUGCAAUGCGAGAGCUGUUGCAAAGGCUUAUGGAAAUAGAACCCAACGGUAUCUAUUUUCGGUGCCGCCCGCUAUACAUGGAUUGGAUUCGUUCUACUAUUUCUACAGAUCCGGUGCUGAAUUGCCUGUUCCUGUAAAUGUUUCUCUCGCCAGACAAUUUCAGUCAGAGGUCGUAAAGUUUACUACAGGAAAGUCAAAACAGGAUAACAGGACAUCUAACUGGCCUUUGUAUGCCCCAGGGGCAAAGAUGAUCAAUGUCACACUCGAGGGAAUUGAACAGAGCGUUGACCCUUCGGCUAACUGUGAGAUUAUCUUGAAGACUAUCAUGGAUAAGAGAAAUGGGGCAUGA